CACAGUAGGCUCCUGUAAACAAAACAUUGUGCGGUUUGGCUACUUUGCUGUGAUUUUGCACGUGCUCAGUGUAGUACUGUAAAUAUUAAAGAAGAAAAACUGUUGAAUAUUUGGGUGUUAUUUGAAUGUCAAAAUAAGAAUGCAAAGAAUAUUGAUGAGAAGCGUGUCUGUGAGGAAGCAACUCAAGUACUUGGUAAGAUCAACUUAUCAAGUACUUAUAAAUAUUUACUAAUUAUUAAUUUAUUAACAGUAUAAUUAUAUAAUUACAUACAGCCUGAAUUAAACAUGAAUUUCAUAAUUAUAUUACCUGGUGGGGGGUGGUACUUUAUAAUUUUGUAACACCAUGCAGGCAAAUUUAACUCGUCAAGGGGAGAGUGCUGCCACUCAAUGGAUUAAUGGGGGGUGUGAAUAGGGGUAUACAAAUCCACCCAAAUUUGAAGCAAAGUCUAAAUUUGAAUCCGCUAAAAGCUCUACUAUGAAGUCACAAUCCAGGAUCCAAACUAAAUUGCAAGCUAAAUCCACAAUCCAAGGCAGAAUAUUAGAUCAAUCCGCUGUAUUAAUAAGAUCCGCAAAUCUGUGUAAAAUCUGCGAAAUCCGAACAAUUUUUUCUGUGAAAUCCGACAAUCCAAAAACCUAUUCCCCCCCCCCCCCCAUUAAUCUGACUGUCUGCCCAUGCAUCCUCUUAACCCUUUAAAGGUGAUGUAAAGUCCGUUCUGCGCAGGCCUACAUUCCAAUGGUCGGGACCCGACAAUUGGAAAUUUGGAAUGUUGUUAAUAUAUUGCACCUUCCGAACUUUCUUGAAUUGAAUCUCUAGUCUGUAUUAAUUUACAAGCAACCAGAAGAGUGUUAAAAAUUCAGUAUAAUAUAUAUCUAAUCAUAUUUUACUGAGUUCAAAAUGUAAACAAAGUGUUUGUUUACGUUACGGACUUUACAUCACCUUUAAGUGGCAAUGCAUCUUGUAAUGCACCCUGAUGCCAACCUCGUACUCAGGCUCCUGGAAAGAACCUAGGUACGAGGCUGUCCUGAUUCUCCCUACUUUAUUAUUGUACCUGUCCAUCAAUGCCAGACAAUUUUACUCAUCAAGGGGAGAGUGCUGCCACUCAAUGAGUUGAUUUAUAAAUGGUACACUAUAGGUUCCCCAAGUACAGUGUGUUAAACAUUAUGCAGAGGCCGUAUUUGUUGCUGCAAAAGAACCAUUUGUAGUUGAACUUGAAGCUAAAAGAUAUUCAUGGUGUUCAUGUGGGAGAAGUAAGAAACAGGUAAGGACUUGGCUUGUUUGGUAAGGAUCGUCUUUUAAGGCCAUUUUCCACUAGGUGGAAUUUUCUGCGCGGAGCAUGAAUUUCUCUUGGUCUUGUGAUUUCUCGGGUGGAACAAUUAGAAAAGACAAAGGGAAAUUCUGCUCCGAGCGGUGGAAUACGGCCUUUAGACACAUUUAAAAAAAUCCAGUUGGAAUUUCAAAGGAAUUUCUGUUUAGUGGAAAUUGGCCCAAAUUUCAAUAGGAACAAGGUGGAAUUCAUACAGGAAUUCAAAUUUCCCUAUUGGAAUUCAUUGAACUUUGGACAGAGAAAACCAUUCUAACUGGAAAUUGGCCCAAAUUCCAAUUGGAAUUAUGAUUCCAAUGGAAUUCCAAAUGGCUUUUUGUAUAUAUGAGGAGUGAAGGCAUGGGGCAUGCGUCCACAAGCUCUGGACAUACAGUAAGACAUGGAGGUCGGCAAUAGUGAUUCUUCAAUGCUAUAAAUAGGAAGAGAAAAUAUUGGAACAUUUGGAGCUGCUCCUAGCUGAUGAAUGGAUUAAUCAUCUGCAAUCGAGAUUAUACUCAACAAUAAUCAGAUUGUAUAUACCAAUCCUGCACAGCACGAUACAUUGAUACUGGAAUUCAGUUCGUCAUUACUGUAUUAUUAUUAUUAUUAUAUUAUAUUAUUAUUAAACUUUUAGUAUGUGUUUUCCAAGUUGUCUUUAUGGAGAAAAAUUCGCUGCGAACUCUAAAGACAAAAAUAUAUAGUAGCGGCACUAUAACAGUAUAAGAUGACUGUAUUAUUAAAAUUGCGAGGCUGGUGCUAUUACUCAUAAAAACAGUCAAUAUUCGAAUGUUUACCGAAAAACAGUUAGUAUUCGAAUUCAGUAUAUAGUUUUCUGAAAAAAGGUCCUGAAUAAUCAAUAUUUGAAAUGUACGUUUGCCGAAAUAUUUGGUCAGUACUCGAAUUAUAAAAAUAUAUAUUUAUACUGACUGAAAACAGUCAAUAUCAAACAUUAUCGCAACUUGCGAGACGAAAUCUUUCUUUUAAGGUCUCUUAAUUUACACUUGUAAUUUUUGCUGCGAUUUCUAGUGCGAUUUCUUUGUUAAAUAUUGAUAAAGCUGUACCUAGGGGAAACAAUAACAAAAUAAAAAAAAUAAAUUUUCGUCUUCUGAUGCAUGCCAGUUUACGUCUUCUGAUGCCUGCGAGUAGAUCACUUCCGGCGAAGCACGGUAAAGACGAAGUCAUACCACUUGUAUUCUCAUAUAUUUCGACCGGAGUUCACGAAAUAUAAUUGCCAAUUAUACAAGGGCUGAGUAUAUGAAUGUUCCGAGCAUAUGGGCGCUUUCCAUUUAAUGGCCUGACUGGUCAGACUCGAAUUCUUUUCUCUGUAUCAAUGGAACGAUUUGGUCUAUGUUUCUCAAAUAUCUAGCGAAUUUGGACCUCACUCUAAUUCUAUCUAAAUUUUCUGGUCAGAUAGGUCAGAAGCCCAAACGUUUUGUGUUCCAUUCAACAAUUUGACGGUUCUGACCGGUUUGGCCGUGUCAAUGGAAAGCGCCCUGUGUACACAGUAGUACCCUCAUCUCAACAUUCAUUAUUCUUCCACUCGUUCACAUCCAGCAGAAGAAGAAAAUCGCACCUAAAAUCGCAGCAAAAAUUGCAAGUGUAAACCGGAAACUUUUUCAGUUCGGAUUGAGGUGAACUAGCUCAGUCAUUGUCUUUCUCAUUUCUUACUGUUGUGAUUUCAGCCAUUUUGCGAUGGUAGCCAUAAGAAGACGGGAUUAAGUCCAUUACGUUUCAAGCUGGAAGAAAGUGAAAUGAAGGUAUUAUGUGGAUGUAAACAGACCAGUACUCCGCCAUAUUGUGAUGGAACUCAUAAAUCUGACCUUGUACAAUCUAGUGAAAUUGGUCAACCCUGUAAAACAGUAUAGUAGAUUUUAAUAAAAAAAAAAUGAGUAUACUAC